GCCUAAGACGUCUUUCGAUAAAUGGUAUAGCAAUGGCAACAUAGCGAUCGAUCAUAGAGUAAUAUCCAACUCUAUGAAAGUUUCUUUUUCUUGAUUCCGGUUGUUGUGUGAGUUGAAAAUUGUUUUGAUACUUUGACAUUCGACAGAACAUAAAUGGCUCCACCACAGCCCAAGGCGGCGGCUAAGCCUGCCGCAGUGCCCGCGGGCGGAGUUAAGAAGGCCAAAGUCGGUAAACCAAGGAACUAUGACUUGGGUAACGGAGUCGUACGCUUCUCCAAGGCAAAGAUGUUUCACAAAAAGGCCAAGUACAAGUUUGUUGGCAAGAAGAAUCCUAAGGCAGAGAAACCCAAGAAGCCCACUGUAGCAGUGAAGCAGAUUGGUGGUGAGAAAAAUGGAGGUACUCGUACUGUGCUUCUGCGUCGCAGAAAAUCUUUCUAUCCCACACAAGACAAAAUCGUGAAGCGAUCUCACCAUUUAACAUUCAGUAAACAUGUACGCCGUACUCGCCCCAAUUUGACACCUGGUACUGUCUGCAUCCUGCUUGCGGGAAGACACGCCGGCAAGCGAGUAGUGCUUGUAGCUGUUCUGUCUAGUGGACUACUACUUGUCACUGGACCUUUUGCUUUCAACUCAUGCCCUCUGAGGAGAAUCCCACAACGUUAUGUGAUUGGCACGUCUACAAAGAUAGACUUGGGUGACUUCAAGCUGCCCGCGCACCUUGAUGAUGCUUACUUCAAGAAGAACAAGAAGAGCACCAAGCGCAGCGUCAAAAGGAAGCAGGGAGAAGAUAUCUUUGCUACAAAGAAAGAGAAAUACGUUCCAUCUGAACAACGCAAAGCUGACCAGAAGUUGGUAGACGAGGCGGUAGUGAAGGCGAUCGGCGCGCGCACUGACAAGAAGCAGCUGCGUGGGUACCUCAAGGCAGCGUUCGGUCUACGCUCCAGCCAAUACCCGCACAGGCUACGUUUCUAACUUUAACAAUACGCCAAUAAACAUCUAAAACUCU